AUUUUUCGGUUCGGCAACACCGCUGUGGAUUGUUAUGUGUACAUGUUUUGUGGUGGACAACAUUUCCGUUUCCGUAGCAGCAGCCAUCUUGUUUUCCCUUUCAAAAAGUUGGGUUAAGGAGGUGAGCAUGUAAUGAAUUACAACCACAUAUUUUUUUUACAAUAUCGAUAUUUUAACAUUGAUUGUAAUUCGAUUGAAUCAUUCUAGAUCACCAUGUCGUCUCACCUAGUUUGGAGUAUCAUUCGUAACAACAACGCUUUUCUACUGAAGAAAAGGAACAUCUCCAAACCUUUCAGUACGGAGCCCAAUAACUUAACAAAUGUCAAUUCCUACAGAUAUAAUGGGUUGAUCCAUAAAAAGUCUGUUGGAAUUGUGGAUGCACCUGACAAAAAGGGAUUCACUGUUGUCUACAAAAAAGCUAGCAAACAGAACAAGCCUAGACAAAGUAUUGUCAAAAGGACAAUGAAAUCAGGUCCCCGUCGGUCACUGUACAAGCUUAAGCGUCUCAUGAAGUGCAACAAAUAUCGUACAGAUCUUACAAAGGCUGCUUUAAGAAGAGCUAGUGCUGUCCUGAAGUCUCAGAAGCCUUUGCCUGCAAAGAAACAAAAGCCUAAGAAGGAAUAGUAAUUUGCAACUUUCUGCUUCAAAUAGAUUUCUUAUUCAUAUUUUUUAAAGCAUCAAUGUCUGCUCCAUAUGAGAUGCACUUCUAAUGACAAUUUAACAACUUGCUUUAUGGACAUAUAGUCACAACUGCUACCUGUUAAGAUAUAGGCUAUGUAUGCUCCUGUGGCUUGUGCUCAUGAAGCAAAUUGGUAAAAGUCAAGAUUUAUGAUUUGUUUAUUUGAAAGAAAAAUAUUGUGGAGAAAAACAGUAUGUAAAAGAAUUUUGUUUUUGUAAGAUAUAAAUAAGAAAUAAAAGAAAUUAAAAACAUGUUUUUCAUUGAUUUAUAAAGAUUAAUUUUAUCUAUAAAAUGUAUAUGACUGUGUAACCAAUAAGAAUU